CUGCGUUCUGCGGUCUGGGCGGCGAGUUGAGCGCUGCCCAUAGGACAGAAUAAGAGUUAACGGACAGAUCACAGAUGGACGUGCACGCGAGUGUUCUGUCAUGGAGCAUCGCGACGUAAAUAUGCUCGAUAAUUGUCGCGUGAGUAACGUGCCGGGUUGCCAAUCGGAUAGCGACGACGGUUAAUGGGUCGCGCGACUCUAACCUGCCAUUGCCAGUGACAUUUCGCGCAGUUCAUUCGAUACUCGUAAUAACGCGGCUUUAAACACCGAUUGUGACAGCGGGGUAAUUACGUUCGCCACGUCCCUGCACCACGGGGAGCACAACGCUUUUCCUUUUUCAUCCUUUAACUCAAGGUGCUUAGUUGGCACUCUUAAAACACGUGUUGGAAACUCAACGUGUACUGCUGUGUCUUGUAAAGAUUUGGUGUACAUCAAAUAUUGUUGAAUAUAAGGAUAAACAGUAGGUUGAUGUGUAUUUAAUUGACAGGUGGUUAUAUAGGUGCUUUUGAAACGUAGAGAGUAUCAUCGAGGCGAUUUUUAUAAAAUCGGAGCUUUUAUUCAACGAUCGAACUUUCAAAAAGUUCCCGCUAUUUGCGAACCCACGUGUUCCUGUUGAUUUUUGCGUGGAAACACGAAUAUACAGGCUUUGGAACUAUUAUUGGUGCUACAGUGAGAAGAAAUGAAAGAAGAGUGUCAUGCGUACUGAGGGAGAAGUAAAAGACGGCCUGCAGAUAUACACUGCUUACAAGUUGUAAGCAAAUAUCAGAGCCUUGCUUCUCUUUACUCGUGUGGAACAGGAGGCAAGGACGUGUGUGCUAAUGAAAUACAUAUACGGGCGACAGAGAAGCACCGCGUGAUAUUGCUAAAGGCGACGUACCGAGGUGUAACGGGUCGUAAACAAAUUUUGAUGAGUUUACACUUUUCGCUCGCAUCAAACGAAACAAUCUUCGGGACGCACACGUUGUUGCAUUUUACCGGGAGUGGCGAGAUUUCGUGGUAAUUAAUGCAACUUUUAUAAACACCAAAAGGAAGUCAUCCGAAAAGGAUAAUUCUGGACAUUCUACUUUUCCUUGAUGACACCGGAUAAUCUCAAGGUCAUAGGAGGAACUGUCGUUCCUCACGUGCUCGUAUGAGGAGUAUAAGAAUUUCAGGAAUUCCUCUUGAUACUUUUGUGAGUCUGGCUUAAGGGCUAUUUUGACCCAGAGGAACCAGACUGUAUACAAGAGAUAGUAGACGGUCGAUUUGAGUACGUGGUUCCUUACUUUAUCUGAGAGGAAGCCUUGGUUCAGGAUUAUCUUGGAAUUCCAAGGUCAAUUCUUAAAAAAUUCUUUCAAGUCGCAUCUACCGAUCAUUCUACAGAAGUUGACGAUCCGGUACGAGCUCCAUCCGCUGUUUGUUCAGGGCCGGUGAGCAUGUCGCCGGGUUACUGAAAGCGUCCACCGCGAUGUCAGGAGGAUCCGCGGGUACUCGGGGCACCGGCGCCGAGUGCAGGAAGUUCGCACCGAAUAUAUUCAACAAGAGCAAGUGCAGCAGCUGCUUCAAGCAGAAGGAGGAGCACAGCGCCGAGGCUUUGGAAUGCAAUAGGGCAUCUAGGAAGAUCUCCAAGUGCGGAUACCUCUUUGUGGCGCCAGGAUGGGACUUUUCGAAUCCGUUGAACCGUACCAAGAGAUGGCAAAGAAGGUGGUUCGUCCUUUACGACGACGGCGAGUUAACGUACUCCGUAGACGAGCACCCGGAAACGGUACCGCAAGCCCGAAUCGACAUGACGAGAGUCCUGGAGGUUGCCGCCGCCGAGGACGUCACAGGACAUCCCUACAGUCUGGCCAUAACGGCACCGGAAGGUGUUACGUUCAUCAAGGGAACCUGUCGCGAGGAGACACGCUGGUGGGGUGACGUUCUCCAGGUGUAUACGCGAAACAAGGGACGACACAAGAGAAAUGCCACAUUUCCAGGAGGUCAAACUACCAUCCUCCAGGUCACCCCCACCAUUCGCAGUAACACGCCGAACCCGCCACGACCGCGGUUCAACAGCUGCCGAUCGGAGCCACGCAGUACAAGCACCACCUGGCUCCCGGAAGCUACCUCAGCGGAGCUCUGUACUUCCGGUUUCACCACGAGCACACCCUUACCGUCGAGUACAUCAUCCAGUGCGAUAUCGACUACCACCGUUGCCAAUGGUAUCGCCAGUACCCUGACAGCUGAACCGGCAACCGGAAGCGCCAUCAGGAAUAGCCUGUCCACCUUGAGGAAUACCACAAUGGAGAACGGUACCACUGGUCAUCCUUAUAUCUCGACGACGAUCGCCGUUAAUGGUUCAUCGGUGACUUCCACUUCGACGACCAGUACCUCAGUCACGUCGAGCUUAAUAGAUAAGCCACCUAUCGCACCGAACGAAGGAAGAGCUUACAGGGAUCAACCAGCCAGUAGCGCGUCCCCACCUACCCGGGAUAAACUCCGUGCAGAAGACAAGGCACGUCGAAGAAUGAGUCAGCAAGGAGAACGCUCCGUCACGGCCCCCGUCAGUUCUGCUGAAAAAUUGGACGAUGAUGCUUGUCGGAGGAUACUCCUGGAGCACGAGAGAGAACGCGAGGGUAAGCUUCGCGAUAUCGCAGCAUCCUUAACGCAGCCAAGAGCACGUAGAAGCAAGCCCAGAACCUCGGAACCAACCAGAGACGUCGUGGAUGCCGCUAAUGCAGCUCACCAAGACAAAUUGAUAAGGGGCGAUCCUGAUGGUUGCGGCCUGGACAUAUCUGGCACUAGAUACUCACCCACGUCUGAAUUAAGGGUUGAUCUACCUGCCGAGGAUCUAUUAAACAUCAAGAAAGGCUGGCUCAUGAAGCAAGGGCUUAACAAGGAAUGGAACAAGCAUUGGUUCGUUUUGCGUGGUUGUGGUCUGAUGUACUACAGAGAUCCCAGCGCAGAAGACAAGGGCAUUAUGGACGGCGUAAUAGAUCUAAACACAGUAACAGCAAUAACUCCAGUACAAGUAGCGAGAAAUUACGGUUUUCAGACAGUGACCUGGGACGAUCGCGGUACCACAGUUCUAUCCGCGGUCACGGCCGGAAUCAGAUCCAGCUGGAUGUCGGCCAUAAGGAGAUCCGCGAAUCUGCCAGAUCCGGAGAACAGUGUGGACGGACAUGUAGUGUGUCAGGAAACGCAGCCAGAAGCUAAUCCUCAGUCACCUACUACGUCCAUUACCGAUAGAGAGAGGGACUCUAUUGUACCUUCUACUCCUCUUACGCCAAGGUCUGUUCUCUUCUCAUCCGAUGAGGAGUACAGAACGGCUUCUGAGGGUGGACGUAGGGAAUCCGGUGACUGGUCAGAAAUGCCGGUAUCUCCACCUCUAACUAGAAAUGAAGAUUGGUCUAUGCCGCUCAAGGGAUCCAAUUGGUCAGACAUGACUAAUCAUGAGUGGUCCGAAUUGCCUCCAUCGCCGCCUUUAACGAGGACUGCCUUGUCCAGGGUGAAGGCCAGGUCGAGGUCAAGUUCCAGGUCUAGAGGUUAUAAGCGUAGUCGUAGCUCGCCACCGAGCUCCAGACGUAGUACUCUGGAUAGCGUGAGAUCUGAAGAUCUCAUGAUGGCGUGCUGUGAGCUGGGCGAGGACGAAGAGCAAAAUAAUGGUCAUCUACAAGACCCCAGCGAGAAUCCUCUGAUAGUGGAAUUAUUGGAGAGCCAGGUGGCUAUGCUUAGGGAUCAGUUCAAUGAUCAGAAUCCAUCGCACCCAGCCGCUCUCCUAGUCAUUAUCGAGCGUCAGGAGAACGAGAUAGAAAAUCUGAAGUCUCAAUUGAAUUCUGCUCGUACGGAUAUCGCUAAUGCUGAAAAGGAACUUUCUAGACUCAGACAACAGAAGGCUGAAGCCUCUAUCCGGGAAAAGCAGGUCGAGGAACUUCUCAGUACCAUUCAAAGAACGGAACAGCAAAGAAACAAGGAUCUCGAGGACUUGGAGAAACUCAAGAAACUUUACAACAGGGACAAGGAGGUUCUUGAGUGCAAGCUACUCGAAACAGAAGCUAUCCUCAGGGAGACUACUGAACGCUGUGAAAUGCUGACCAACGAGCUUUCGUCAAGUCACAGAACUGUCGAGCAUCUGCAGACCGAGAUGACUGCCUUGAGUGAUCGUCUCUCCCAGGGAAUCGAAGAGAACGAAAGACUCUAUACGAGAGUAAGAGAACUGGAAGCGAAGACCGGUCUCUCUGCUUCCAGGGAACGAGGCAGGAGUUUCGAUUCGCUUAGCGAUCUGACCAACAUUGACCUGGACCUGGAUUUAAAUGAACUGGAUAAAGAGAGAAUCAUGGAGGAGUACGACGAGUUGCGUGGUCGUUUCGAAAAGGCUAUCUUGGAGAUCAGAGCGAUGCGUAGAGAAUUACGCGAAGCACACGCUACACAAGAUGCACUGGAACUGGAAAUUUUUGCACAUAAACAGGAUGCUGUUAGAGUAAACGAGACGAACCAGGCUCAAGUUCAACUGAUGGCCGCUAGGAUUCAGGAUUUGACCAAUAAGUUGGCUGCAAGUGAGAAACAAGUUCGGGCGCUGAAGCAAAAAUUGACAAAGGCUGAAACGAGGGACAAGAGAAGAUCAUUGUCUUUGAAGGGUAGAGAGUCUUUCCAAAUUUCCCAGGAAAUGGAGGACAAGCUCAUGGACCUAGAGAAUAAAAUCUGCGCCAUAGAACGUGGCAAGAGUAUAAGUGCGCCAGCUUCAGCCGGAAGCAGCUCCAAAGAAUCAAGUCCAAAUCCUAAGAAAGAAAGGAAGCGUGAGAAUAAAAGCUUAGAUCGAGCGAGACUGCGUAGAAAAUCCCUAGAUAGCGCUACGAGUUCGGAACCUAUGAAAGUUCUGAUUCGUCUCAGUACUCUGGAGACAAAAGUGGCUAAUGUUGCAGAUAAUAUGGCCAGCGACGUAGAGAAGGAUUCCAGCGAAUGCAGUGAAGUCAGUGGAACCUCCAGCGAAGUCUCCCUCGAGGUGCUGUCCAGGUUGAAGAAAUUGGAGAGGGUCGUUUCUAAAUCCAAACGUAGACUGGAGAAAUGUCUCGGUUCAACGCAGGCUGAGGAGAAGGCUGAAAAAUGCCUUCGCGAAGUGAACGACAUUCUAGAUUCUUGUGUAGAGUGCAAGAAGAAUCAGUCCAGUAGUAACCAACUCACGGAAUCCGUGGGUCUGGUGGUGUCUAAACUAGAGACUAUACUUAGGGAAAAGAUAAGCGAGCUGACGAAACGACGCCAGGUACUUGCGCAAACAGGUCGCCUGGACGACAAAGAAAAGCUGAAGUUAAUUGCCGAGAGGGUAGCAUUCGAGUCGGUGAUACUCAGGCAGAUAAAGUGCGCGAUGGGCAGGACGUUCGACAGGAGUGCUGUUCUGAGUGAAUUGGUCGAAACUAGUCAUCUUAUUUCAAACUUAAAAUGUAAGGUCCGUGGAACUAAGCCGAAAAUGUACCAAAACACGAGUUACGUACAGUAUCUCACUAGAGUGUUAGCGAAUAAGUUAGUACUUAUAGGAGGCACCCUGACAAAUGAGGUGUCCAAGGACGUCUCUGCCGCGAAGAGCGAGAGUCUAAAUUACCUGGUGCAAAAGCAAAAGGAGGUUAACGAUAUUGUACAGAGGUAUAAGGAGACUAAGUUAGGACAGCUAGCUGAGGUCUUGGCCGCCGAAACCCUUGAUCUAUCCGAGCAGGAGGAUCUUGGAAAACAGAUUGUACCAUCUGGUACGAAACUCCUAGAGGAUAAGAGGAUCCGUGAAGCGUGGGCUUUAGCUCAGGAAACCGUCAGCAAGGAAUUGGUGCAAUCUGAGGUAUCUCAUAUAAUAAUGAGAUGUGGCCAAGUUUACGAGCAGAAUAUUGCAUCGGUAUCCGACGCCUGUCUCAACUUUGAAGCAUCAGAGCACAUAGGAAUGGAAUCCUGGGCGGAUGAAGCUCAGGCGAAGCUGCGACAGGAAAUGGAAUUCUCUGUUCGCGAGCUGACGGUCGUGUACGAGGAAUGUUUACGCAGAGCUAAAAUGAAUAAACCUAUCUCUGAUACCAAAUACGAAUCCAGACAACUACUCAUGGAGUACGCUGAUAUAAUUGCACAAAAGGCUUUGAUAGAUUCCAGAAUAUCUCUUCUUUGUGACAGCACGGGAUCAACUUCCUGUUUCUCCGGGGAGACCUUCGUGUCCAGUUUAAUUCGUAACGACGACAUCCUUACACAGUUAGUAGGGGAUGAGUUUGAAAACGACCCUGUUCUGGAUGCUGAGUACAUCUAUCUAUACCAACAAUUCUCCAAGGACUGCGAAGACAGGAUAUCCGGUAAGCACAGAUCCAAGGAGCAGCUAAAGAACGUCAGUCAGUCUCUUUCCUACCUCGAAGAAGAUCUAGUUAAUCUCAGCAAGACCCUGAAAGACAAGAUCGACGGGACUAUGAGUUGGCCUAAAUCCGUCAUCACCAUCACAGACUGGUCCAGCGUAUGCGAAAAGUGUUCAGAACUUCGUGAGCAGAUAAAACGUCUCGACGAUUACGUAAGGAGUCUCACGUGCAAUCAGUGUAACCAACUGCAGGAGACAAUUCAGCGACUAACGGCUGAGCAUAACGAAGAGCUGGAAAAUCUGAGACGAAACCAGGAACGUGAUAUUAUGGAUAUUAAAGGUGAACUCGACAACCAGAGACACUCCCUUACAUCUCAAUAUGAACAGGAGGCAGCCACCUUGCGAGAACGAGCCAGGAAACUGGAACACAGACUGAACGCAAUGGAUUCCGAGCAUUCGGCUCACGUAAAUGAACUACGUGCCGCAUAUCAGCGUUCCAUCAGCGCAGAGCUGGACACUGAUGUUGAGACCAGGAAGCGCUACAAGGAGGAGAUCAAACAACUAAGAGUUCUAUGCGAGAAGGGUCUGCUGGCAAUGGAAAACUCUCACAGGCGUAUAAUAUCUGAGAUGGAGGAGAAGCAUCGGCAAGAAUUGGAAAAUCUGAGAAUUGAAAAGGAGCAAGCGCUGUCGGAGGAAACGCAGGCGACUCUGGCCGCAUUGGACGCUAUGAGGAAGGCUCAUGAGCACGAGGUGCAAAAGGAAAUCGCAAAAUUUAAACAAGAAUUCAUCAAACAGAUGCAGGCACGAGAGGACAUUGGAGCCUUGCAUAAGGAGCACGAGUAUGUUUGGGAGGAGAUGGAGGAGAUCAAACAAGAGAUCUUAUCCCUAUCUGCCAAGUAUUCCUCCAAGUGCGUGGAGUCAGCAGCACUCGAGGAGAAGGUGGGCUCGUUGACAAAGCAAGUAGCGCAGGCCCAACAGCAUAUUAUGCAACUGGAUGCCAGGAACAAACAGCUCAGGGCGCACCUGGUGCUCGAAACAAACGACAGUGGUAUGAACGACACGAUACAGCUUUUACGUGGCAGAGAUAAUGAGAUUGUGGAACAGAGAGAGGAAAUUCAUCGCCUACAACAGCAGCUCAAGCAUGGGGACGGCCUACGUGACUCGUCCGGUGUGCCGAAAAAUUCACCGUCGCUAAGCUACUCGCCAGCAUACUCACCACAGCGAAUUGGCAGUAGUCACGAGCAAGUAUCACGCGCAGGCGAAGAUUCGAAAUUAGUUUCUAUCAAUUCUGCUGCUACUACCACUACUGCUACUACUAUUACUACUACUACUACUACUACUACUACUACUACUACUACUACUACUACUAGUACUGCUACCACUGCUGGCGCUGCUGUUACUGUAGCUCCUACUACCAGUAGUAGUCCCAAAGGCACCCCGGUAUCGAAAUUCUUCUGCACUCAGAAAAAAUCAUUAACCGUGGACAAGACGAACCCGUCGUUUGCCUACAAACUUGAACGAAUCAAGUCUAUAUCGUUGCCCUACUCGAACAAUCUGGUUAAAAACUGUCCGGGAUCUAGCGGUGGCGUCACAGGUCUUAAUAGAAAGAAAGAAUCAAGUGAAUUAGGGCAAAAGAACCAGGAGCGCAAUGGCCUUGCAUCUCCACUUUGGGACAGCUUAAGACCAAGGAGUGGUCUGCCUCAUCAGUAUCAAGGUGGCACAACAGCGAUGCGAGUCUGCAGCAAUGGCGUCAGGGGGCAGGAGAACAAACAAAGUGAAAAACAGCAACAGCCGGAGGCAUACGCCAUCCGUGCCAACACUCGUCACACAUCCAGCCUCAUCUCGGAACCCCCAGCUCUCUACGUUGCAGAGCUGAUGAGGUCUCCUGCAGUGAGGUGGUCCAACAGAGGUUGCAGAAGUUUACCUACGACACCAACGCCGACCUAUCAUCACCCACUCCACCCCCCACUCCCCGCGGUGGGCAUGGUCGCUGAGAGGAAAAAGCGUUUUGAGCUUUAAGCGUUGCUGAUCUUUCUCUUCCCUUUGUCUACUUUGUCAAAAUUUAAUUCUUACUCCCCCCCACUCCUUUGUCAUAAUAUUUUCUAUAGAUUUUGACGUCAUGUAUCCUCGAACGCUGUUCAGGCAUUUACGAAUCUAGAAUACGUUAGGUUCUGCGAAAUCUAUUAUGGACUUAAAAAGAAUGGUGCUGAACACAAAUUUUUGAUAGACUUUUUAAGACGAUGAUUGAUCGUCAGAGACAGCUCUGAAUUAUUGUUUGAAAAGAAGACACGUAUCUAUUAUGUCACUAUAGUUCAUGUCUAGUAGAUGUCUACUUGUCACUACUCCGUUUUAAUUGUUCCGUUAAUUAUUAUAACCGUAAUUGUAUUGAGCAUGUUUAUGAGGUAAACAUGAUUCAAUAGCUGAGUACGUAAAUACGGAAAUAGACGGUAAAUCGUACACGUGUCUCUUUUGCACUCUGUUCUCUUCCCUUCUAUUUAUCUCUGCCGUACGGAAGACUUCUUUUUCUGGGAUAUAUCUUUCCUUGAAACUUGUCUAUUUUUUUCUAGUACAUUUCUCUUUUUUAACGAACACGAGUUCACGUUUGAUAAUCGUUUGAUACGCGGUUUACCAACUUUGAUACGUAAGCAUUUUACAAAACGUUCAUUAUUCCCUACACGGUUAUGGAAUUAUGCAUCUAGGGCAUUAUUUGUUAUGCAAGUGUUUAAUCUCGGACUACUGUGGACUAUCUGACUUUAUGUGGUGACUAUUAUUUUUGGCCAUCAUUGUGAAAAAACUUUUGAUAUCUUUUUUUUCCUCACUGGAGUCACAUACGUAUCCAUAAGAGAGAAAACACUAAAAUACCACGAGUCAUGUAUACAACUAUGAUUUCGCAGUAACCAAUUACUAUGUAUGUUUUUUUUAGCAGUAAUUGUAUACGUCUAUAUUGAAAGAGAAAUACCUUAUCGUAUUGUCUUAUACAGCCGUAAUCAUUGAGUGUGUUUAUAUAGGAAAGUAAAGUUCGAAAUGUAUAUUUAUAGAGCGGUGGUAGCGCGCGGAACAAUAAAAAUGGCUAGGAGUAAUGGACAGGACACAGAAAAGAUUCAUUAUAUCUGUCGAAUGUCUUGGGAAAAGCUUAAGUGAAAUGCGAAAAGUUUCGAGAAAUAAUUUUUGUUUGUUUGUUAUGCGGAGAACAAUUGUUUACGCUUGUUUUUCAUUAUGGGUUUGGGAGGGUGAGGCACUCUUGUUGUGUAUAGAUUAUGCACAUAUCAUGGCGUUAUCGUUUAACAGUCUUUUAUCACCAGUCCAUCAGUUCAUUCUGUAAAUUACCCCCUGAUUGCGAUCAUUUAAUGUUAAUACUGUAUAGUUUAAUGAUGUUUUUGCCCCCCAGCACGCCUCCGAAGUAUAAAUAGGACGAGAUUAAACCCCUCCCGUAUCGAUUGGAUUGUUCAUAUAUACAUAUAUAAAUAUAUAUAUAUCUAUAUAUAUUAAUAUUGUAUUUUACAUUAUAUUAUUAUUAGGAUAUGUUGCUACGACGAUAUUAAUAUUUCAUUAUCUAUUACGUAGAGUAAUUGCUCAGGAUUGUUUAACAUUUAUAAUAUAUUACGAUUAUGAUAUUGUAUGUGUAUUAUAAUUUAUAACACGUUUGAAAUAAAAAUCAGUAACCAAUC